GUAGUAAUGUUUUGUAGUGUAGUGUACAACCAAAAAUAUUUAUUAUUUUCAAUUUUCAAGUAAUUGGGCAUUUGGCACAACUUAAUUUAAACCACAAGAAUUCAUAUUAAUUUCUAUGAUUGAAUUAUUCAAGACUCAACUAUACAAGUGGAUUUAGUGAAUAGUGAUUAAAGUAUAGUGAAAGUACACAAAUUUUUAACUUAAUUUUGGCAUAAAAUUAAUUAAACUAAACUAUUAACACAGAAUAAAUUCUGUGCUAUUACUUAGAGCGAGUUAUGAAAUUAUUCGUUACGAUCUGUAUCCAUACAUUUAUAAAAAAUUAAUUAUACUGAGAUAACUGAAAUUGUAUCAGCUUCUAACAUUUAUUAUUGGCACCAUGAUGAAAGUAAAACCAAAUCUCCCUUGGGUAGAAAAGUAUCGACCAAAUACUUUAGAUGAUUUAAUUUCACAUGAAGACAUUAUUAAAACAAUUGGUAAAUUUAUUAAAGAAGAUCAAUUACCUCAUCUAUUAUUUUACGGACCGCCAGGGACUGGAAAAACUAGUACAAUAUUAGCAUGUGCCAAGCAAUUGUAUACUCCAGCGCAGUUUCGUUCAAUGGUUCUUGAGUUGAAUGCUUCUGAUGACAGAGGAAUUAAUGUUGUGAGAGGACAAAUUAUGAACUUUGCAUCAACCAGAACAAUCUUUAAAUCAGGUUUCAAAUUAAUUAUUUUGGAUGAAGCAGAUGCUAUGACUAAUGAUGCCCAAAAUGCCCUCAGAAGAAUUAUUGAAAAGUUUACUGACAAUGUCCGUUUUUGCUUAAUUUGCAAUUACUUAAGCAAAAUUAUUCCAGCCCUACAAUCACGAUGUACACGCUUUCGAUUUGGUCCACUUGAUUUUAAACAAAUUAUGCCUCGACUUGAAUAUGUUAUUGAACAAGAAAAAGUGAAAGUAACAGAAGAUGGUAAAAAAGCAUUAAUAGAUUUGGCACAAGGUGAUAUGCGAAAAGUUCUCAACAUAUUACAGAGUGCUGCUACUGCAUUUCCAGAAGUAAGCGAAGAUUCUGUCUAUACAUGUGUUGGUCAUCCAUUAAAGAGUGACAUUAUGAAUAUUUUAAAAUGGUUGCUAAAUGAUGACUUUUCUACUACUUUCAAAAAAAUUCAAGAAUUAAAAAUUCAGAAGGGUUUGGCUUUACAAGACAUAUUAACAGAAUUGCACACUUUUUUAUAUAGAUUGGAUCUACCACCAGAUUCUCUCAUUGAAAUACUAACCGAAAUGGCUGAUAUUGAAGUGCGCCUAAAUGGUGGAACCAGUGAAAAAAUACAUCUCAGUAGUUUAAUAAGUGCUUUCCAUAUGAUAAGAUCAAAAUUAAAACCAGCUGAUGAUUGAAGACUGCAAAAUUAAGUAUUUUUCUCUUAAGUUGGAAUUUUUGUUUAUACACGUAAUUCGUAUCAUGAUUUUAUGUAAAUAUAUCAAAAUAAUAAUUUAAA